GGUUUACUUCUCACGUCCAAAACAACUGCGUUCCUGACGCACUUUCUUCCACCCUCCAAACACCCAGAAAUUAAUCAAAUUACACGGCAAUUUUUGGCUGAUUUUCAUCCACCAUCAACCACGCAGCCUUGCGGGCAUUUUUUUUUUUGAAAACCCUACAAGGAAGCUCAGGAAAAGAAUGACUUUGAUCGGCUGAUAUAAAUUUAGAACAUAGCGUUUUCUCAGAGUGGGGAUCUGACGCUUGGUGAAAAUUUCAGGGGGGAAAUCUGGACAGUCAGCACAGGGCCCCCUGAGAAGCUGCUCAUAAAGUCCAUCGUAAAACAGACCAACCAAACCCUUCACAAUGGCGGACGAUGAGAAAAAAAAACUGGAAGAGGAAAAGAAAAGAAAGCAGACUGAGAUCGAGAGGAAGAGGGCCGAAGUCCGUGCCCGCAUGGAAGAGGCCUCCAAAGCUAAAAAGGCCAAGAAAGGUUUCAUGACCCCGGAGAGGAAGAAGAAACUGCGGUUGCUGUUGAGAAAGAAAGCCGCCGAGGAAUUGAAGAAAGAGCAGGAAAGGAAAGCGGCCGAAAGAAGGCGCAUCAUUGAGGAAAGAUGUGGAAAGCCGAAACUUAUUGAUGAUGCCAAUGAAGGUCAAGUAAAACAGGUUAUCGAGCAAUACUAUAGGCGUAUCAUUGAUCUAGAAAAUAGAAAAUACGAUCUUGAAAAAGAAGUAGAAUUCAGAGACUUUCAGAUUGCCGACUUGAACAGCCAAGUGAAUGACCUCAGGGGCAAAUUCGUUAAACCCACCCUCAAGAAAGUGUCCAAAUACGAAAACAAAUUCGCCAAGCUCCAAAAGAAGGCGGCCGAAUUCAACUUCCGUAACCAACUCAAAGUGGUCAAGAAGAAGGAAUUCACCAUGGAAGAAGAGGACAAAGAGAAAAAACCCGACUGGUCCAAGAAAGGAGAGAAGGUACAGGAAGCCGAAGCAUGAGCUGUUCUUGUUUCCUGACUUUCACUGUAUUUACCUUGUCACAAUAAUUCUACACGUUUGUAAAGGGUGUGUUUGCACGUCACUUCUCUGUGUUGUACUGUCUUUUGAACACCCGUGUAUAUUUUGUUAAUUUCAUCUGUAUUAUGUGUUUAUAAUAAAAAGAUUCUUAUUAAUAAAAGUGAGGAAGGAAA